AUUCUAGAUUUACCUAGAUAUUAUCUUAUAAGGAAAACCUCAAACCAAUCCCAACAAAUUCUAAAUCAGUGAUCCACCGUUAUUAGCGGGUAUCCUCAAAAUCACCCUUCAAUUUCUCUCUUUUUUUUACCCUCUCUUGAUAUAUUAGUGUUUCUCUAAAUUAUUUCCCUAAUUAUUUGGCCCUUGAGUUUCUUGUGUUCUCACAAAUUUACAACGCUCAUUUGGCCUUUCCAUUUUUCAGGAAUUAAAUUUUUAAAUAACCUUUCAGUAGAAACAAUAAAUUUGUUUCAUGCAAUUAAUAAUUAGCGUCUCUCAUCAUCCAAGAUAUGGAUCCAGCAGAGGUAGGUAGAGUUUUUCAUAUGUUCGAUCGAAAUGGGGACGGAAAAAUUACGAGAAAGGAGCUUAGUGAUUCGUUGCAAAAUUUGGGAAUUUACAUUCCUGAAAUGGAACUUGUGCAAAUGAUCGAAAAGAUUGAUAUCAACAGAGAUGGGUUUGUAGACAUGGAGGAAUUUGGGACAUUGUAUCGGUCGAUAAUGGACGAGAGGGACGAAGAAGAAGACAUGAGAGAAGCUUUCAAUGUGUUCGAUCAAAACGGUGACGGAUUCAUCACGGUGGAAGAAUUAAGAUCCGUUUUGUCAUCGUUGGGUUUGAAACAAGGAAAAACACUAGAAGAUUGCAAGAGAAUGAUAAUGAAAGUUGACGUGGAUGGUGAUGGAAUGGUUGAUUACAAGGAAUUCAGACAAAUGAUGAAACGUGGUGGAUUUGCUUCCUUGAACUCAAGCUGACAUGCAUACUCUAUGAAAAGAAAAAUUAAUUCAAACAAAUAAUAUAUUUAAAAUGAAUGAUAUUUGAAAAUUUAGAAGGUAGAUACAAAAGAGCCAGGAAUCAGCUAGUCUUUUGUAUAUGAGAAAACUUACUGGGGUUAAUGCACGACUUACCUCCUAAAUAGUUUUACACAAAUACAGUUGCAUGUUUGACUUUUUCAUCUUUUUAUUUUUCUUUCUUCUUGUUAAUAUUGUUCAUUAGAGAAGUCAAUUGCAUUAAUGGCCGGGUUUGUAUUGAUUUAGGUUUUGUGAUAUAUUUAUUCAUUUCACAUGUUAAGAUGUAGCUCUUUAUUUCUGUGCAUAUAUUGUUAUACAUUAAUCAAGUUGUGUUCUUGAUUUCUAGUGUAUUAUACACAAUUAUAUUGAGAGGAUGUGUAUAUUUGUUUG